AUGUCGCUUUCAUCUGAGGUGCGCGAUCGGUUUACCGAGAUAAUCGACUCGAUUUUAGCGAAAAGUGACCUCAAUACUAUCUCCGAGAAGCGCAUUCGCAAGGGUCUGCAGGAGGAAGUCGGCUAUGACCUCACACCCCAAAAGGCUGAGGUUAAGCAGCUCAUCAUGGAGCGAUUCGAUAUCUACGCGGAGAAAAACGGUGUCGGCGAAUCCCCCGAGGAGGCCACAGAGGAUACCGCAAACAACGGUCACCAGGAUGGUGAUUCUGCCUCCGCGGUUCCCUCGCCACCCCCAUCCUCAUCCCCCGUGAAGCGCCAGGCCGAAAGUGAAGAAGCGUCCGAUCCGAGUGAAUCCUCCCCUCCCCCGAAGAAACUCAAGCCUGACGCCGAUGUUGACGCCGAUGCCCUAUUUGCUGCCAAGCUGCAAGCUGAAGAGAACUUGCGCGCGCGACCAACACGAGGGGGAAAUACACGACGGGCAGCUCCUACAAAGAAAAAAAGCAAAACCAAGGCCAAGACGUCCAAGAGGGUCAAGGCAGAAGAUGAUUCGGAUGUCGAGUCAGGCUCCGACACAAAGAAAGAGGUCAAUCGGACCGGUGGAUUCCAUAAACCUCUCAAUCUGUCACCUCCUCUAUCUGCGCUCCUGGGCGAGGCCACGCUGUCGCGGCCUCAAACGGUGAAAAAGGUCUGGCAAUAUAUUCGGGAAAAUGAACUCCAGGACCCAAGUGAUCGCCGCCAGAUUCGUUGUGACGAUGCGAUGCGCGCUGUCUUCAAGCAAGACCGGGUGCACAUGUUCACCAUGACUAAGAUUCUCAAUCAGAACCUGUACAGCCCCGACGAGUAG